AGUCAGUUCCUCCUUUCGUCCACCCCGCCUACCUUCUGUACUUCUGUCUCCACUUUCUUGGGAUUGGUGGGGAAUAAAAGGGCGCACACAGUGAAGUCAGGUCAUGAAAGCACCAGGGGACUUUUUUUGCGGGGGCGGAGGUGAAAAGAAAGGAGAACGGUGAACAGGCCUUUGGCUCCAGUAAGAAUGGCUCCAGCCAGAGGCAAAGGCAGCCACGGUGACUCUGCCUCAAAGUGAAAGCGAAAGCCAAGUAGGCGGAGAGAACAGAAAGGGCCAGGCAGCCGGCCAGGCAGGGGUGUUUGGAGCCCCUUCUCCAGCCGGGUCCUGGCCAGCGUGGGGGACUGAGGAAGGGCAGCGGGGGAGAGGGGCCUGAGAGCAGCCCCCAUGGGCGCGGAGGGAUGGUGUCUGCUGCUCUGCUUGCUUCUCUCCCGGGUGGCAGACGCCGUAGAAAGGCAGUGGCGGGCAGUGGAUGUGGUCCUGGACUGCUUCCUGAUGGAGGAAGGUGGGCACCGUGGAGCUUUUGCCAGAAGUGGGAACAAGAUGAAGGCCUUGUUGGUGCUGAAGCAGGCGCCAGUGCCAGAUGAUGGCUCCCUGGAAGGCCUCACGGAUUUCCAAGUGGGCACGCUGGCCAAGGACGACCCGCCCAUUACCUUCGAGGCCUCAGUGAACCUGGUGCAGCUUCCCCAGGCCGAGGCCUUGCUCCAUGCUGACUGCGGCGGGAAAGAGGUGACCUGUGAGAUCUCCCGCUACUUUCUCCAGGCCAGGCAAGAGGCCACCGUGGAGACGGCAGCCUGGUUCAUCACCAACGUGCAGGUGUCUGGAGGGGGACCUAGCAUCUCCAUGGUGAUGAAGACUCUCGGGGAUGCUGAGAAGGGGGCUGCUCUGCAUCCCACGCUGAAUGUGCCCCUGAGCCCCCAGGGGACUGUGCCAACUGCAGUGGAGUUCCAGGUGACAACACAGACCCCGUCCUUGAAUCUUCUGCUAGGAUCCACAGCUUCCCUGCACUGUGGCUUCUCCAUGGCCCCAGGCUUGGACCUCACCAGCGUGGAGUGGCGGCAGCAGCAUGGGGGCAGUGGCCAUCUGGUGUACAGCUGGACCACCAUGGGGCAGGGGCAGGCCCAGCGGGAGGGCGCCACCCUAGACCCUGAGCAACUGCUCAUGGCUGGGGACGCCACCCUCACCCUACCCAGCCUCACUGUGAAGGAUGAGGGGGCCUACAUCUGCCAGAUCACAACCUCCCUGUACCAAACUCAACAGAUUGUCCAGCUCCAUGUCCAAGCUGCCCCAAAAGUAAGACUGAGCCUGGUGAAUGAAGCUCAUUCACAUACCCUCAUCUGCAGUGUCACUGGCUAUUAUCCUCUGGAUGUGACGGUGACGUGGAUCCGGGAGGAGCUGGGCGGAGCCCUGGUUCCAGUCUCCGACGCCUCCUUCUCCAGCCUUCGGCAAAGCGCAGCAGGCACCUACAGCAUCUCCUCCUCCUUGACAGCAGAUCCUGGCUCUGCGGGUGCCACUUACACCUGCCACAUCACCCACAUCUCCCUGAAGGAUCCCCUUGUGGCCAACACCUGGGUUGCCCCACAAGCCACAGAGCAGGGGACGGCCUUUGGAAUCCUUUUUGCCAGCAGCCUCUUCCUCCUUGCCCUGCUGUUCCUGGGGCUGCAGAGACGCCAAGCUGCCUCACCAAAGCCUGCCGAGACCCCGCGGCACUUUGGGUAGCCACUCUCCCGCCUUAGACUUAAGAGGCAGUCACAUUCUCCCAGGAGGACUCUCAGCCAAGUCCCAGAGCUCAAAAAGGCCCAAGAAUGGUAUGGAGAAGGCACAGACCUCUGGCUCUGGGUGUCUGCAGGCCUCAGCCUUCCUUCACUGUCCUGGACUGAUGGCAUACAAGGGAGAAAUGUGAACUGCUGAGAGGGUGGCAGAAAGGCAGGAGGGUGGAGGUUGAAACACUGAAUUCAAGGUGGUAGAAAAAGGUAACAGAAAAAAAUUAAGGAAGAAGCAAGUGAGAGACACUGAGGCAAGGGGGUGGGUGUUGGGCAACCACACACAAUCACUGAACUCUGUCCAAAUCAAAGCCCCUCAUGUCCUCAGAAGCAAAGCCUUUCCACUUUCCUGUCUUUUCCACACUGAGUCCCCCUGCCCCCUGCCAGCCUCUUGGACAUGUGAAAGGGAGACACACGCCACCCCCCACCAGAGGCAGCCCUGGGGCCCCAUCUCAGUUGCUCUGUGUAACCUUGAGCUGGGACUGAGGUCCUGCCCCUUUGGACAGUUGCUGGGCAUUUCAGGACACCUCCAGACCCCUCACUCCCUCUGCUGCAGGGGAGCGGUCUCCCUGCAGUCAUUCCUAAAGUAGCCCUGGCCAGUGCAGUGGAACUUGGCAAAGGCUGCUGUGUGCAAGGACUUCGGGGUGCAGGAUGCGUCCACUGCAUGUCUCCUCAGGGCCCAGCCCAGCAGCUGGAGGGGGGAGGUGGCAGAUGUCUGAGGGAACCCGCAGGUGUUUGUCAGUGAGAUGCCCGCUCGGCUUCCUGCCCUGGCUUCCUGUCACCCACACCUGGAAAGCUGGGCUGCUUUAGGCACCAGCGCUGAGAGCCUGAGAGCGGAGACCACUUCCCCUGCCUACACCCAGAUCUUUCAUCUCAAGAAGACUCACAGCCCACAUAAGCUGCCCUUCCGGCCUAAGGCAGCAUCAGAAAGAAUUAGAAACAACACCCCUCCCCCCCAAUCACUCCAACCCAAACAACAGCCACGUCAGUUGAGUGGUAGGAAGUUGUAAUUUUUUUUUUCUUUUUUUUCUUUUUUUUUUUUUGCCUUUGUCCAGAAUACAUGAAAUUGGUAAAUAUGCCA